AUGGCGGGGAUAACCGGCCCGCUGACCGACCUGCUGCACAAGGACAGGAAUCUUGUGUGGGGGGAGGAAGCUGAGGCGGCUUUUCAGGAGUUGAAGAAUUUUCUCGUUUCCCCUCCGGUUUUGCGAAUCGCCGACCCAUCGAAGCCGUUCGAAGUCGUCACCGACGCCUCAGAUUUCGCCAUCGGAGCUGUACUCCUCCAGGAUUUCGGGAACGGGCUGCAGCCGAUCGCCUACGAGUCACGCAAGCUGCAGUCAGCCGAGCGCAACUACCCGAUACAUGACAAGGAGAUGCUCGCCAUAAUACACGCGUUCAAACUGUGGCGCUGCUACUUGGUGGGCGCCGACGUCACUGUUCGCACGGACCACAAGUCCCUACAGUACCUGCGAGCUCAGCCCAACCUCAACCCGCGACAAAUUCGGUGGCUGGACUACAUGGAGAGUCACUUCACCUACCGCAUCACGUACAAGAAAGGGGCGAAUAACAUCGCCGAUGCCCUUACUCGACCGACACGGCCAGCUGGACUGCUGCAACCCCUCGAGCCACCCGAACGACCGUGGCAACAAGUGACGAUGGACUUCGUCACGGGGAUGCCAGCUGGGCCGUCCGGCAACGACGCUGUUCUCGUCGUCGUCGAUCGCCUCACAAAAAUGGCGCACUUCGCACCGUGUCGCACAACCAUCACAGCCGAAGAAACUGCGCGCCUCUUCAUCUCAACCGUCGUGCGACUGCACGGAAUCCCCGCGUCGAUCAUCAGCGACAGGGACCCGAAGUUCACGUCGAAAUUCUGGAAGGAGACGUGGGCGCAGUACGGCACGAAGCUACAGUUUUCAUCGGCAUACCACCCGCAAACGGACGGCCAGACCGAGCGCACCAAUCAGACUAUGGAGCAGCUGAUCAGGACAAACUGCUCCGACCCCACUCGCUGGGAAAUCUCGCUCGCCAUGCUGGAGUUCGCGUUCAACAACGCCCCGUCCAGCACGACUAAUCACUCCCCAUUCUUCUUGAAUUACGGGAUGGACCCGACGGUGCCUACGACGACUACACUCGACAACCCGGUCCCGAGCCUCCUUCGCAAGUUCGUGCCUGCCACGACAGACAUCGCGCGCCAGAACGCCGCCCCGACAGCCCGACCUGUCCCAGAACCGACACUUGACCCGUCCAAGAUUUUGGCGCAUCGUGUUCGGCUCGACGCUUCUGGACGCCACGUGGAUUUUUUAAUCCGCUGGACUGACCGCACCAGUGAGGACGAUACUUGGGUGCCAUCCGCCUCGCUUGAAGCUUCUCCGCUUCUUGGUGAUUACCUCGCCCGCAAGCGAGCUGCGGAUAUCGACCACCUUUCUUAA